AUGGAAGGACCAACUCCUGAACCUGCCUUUGUCGAUGUGGAUAAAGGACUAACCUUGGCGUGCUUCGUCUUCCUCUGCCUUUUCCUCAUUGUCAUGAUUAUCCGCUGUGCCAAAGUGAUCAUGGACCCUUACAGCGCCAUCCCAACCUCCACAUGGGAGGAACAGCACCUGGAUGACUGA